AUGGGGUUCAACAGCUGGAUUCACGAUACCAACCUCCGGGUUGCUCAAAGCCCUGUAGGAAGAUGGUUUCGAUUGGAAAACUCCGGGCGUCCUAGAGAGAGAAAGGGUAGCUUUUUCUUCACUGAAAUGCGUGCGGGUCUUGCAACUUUCUUCGCGAUGGCCUAUAUCAUCUCCGUGAAUGCGAAUAUCACUUCCACGACUGGCGGCACAUGUGUCUGCCCCGAAGAAAGCAUGUCAGACUACUGCGCCACGAAUACCGAAUAUCUUCUCUGCGUACAAGAAGUGAAGCGCGACCUGGUUACCGCAACUGCCGCAAUCUCCGCCCUCUCAACAUUCUGCAUGGGUCUUUUCGCCAACCUUCCAAUCGCUCUCGCGCCGGGAAUGGGCUUGAAUGCGUAUUUCGCUUACACAGUUGUCGGCACACAUGGAUCUGGCUUGAUUCCAUACCGCGUGGCUCUAACGGCUGUCUUUGUCGAGGGCUUUGUCUUCCUAGGCCUGACUCUGUGUGGUAUGCGACAAUGGUUGGCUCGUGCACUCCCUGCUUCGAUCAAGCUAGCCACGGGUGUCGGAAUUGGAUUAUAUCUUGCCCUCAUUGGUCUCACCUAUAGUGCUGGCAUUGGCCUAAUACAAGGUGGAGUUGAUACCCCCAUCGAACUAGCCGGGUGCGCGGAUCAGUACUUUGAUUCAGAUACUGGGCUUUGUAUCAGCAGCGAAAAGAUGCGCAGCGCAACAAUGUGGGUUGGCAUUUUCUGUGGCGGAUUCUUGACUGCGCUGUUGAUGAUGUACCGUGUCAAGGGUGCUGUCAUCAUUGGUAUCCUGCUUGUCUCGAUUAUCUCAUGGCCCCGGACGACUCCUGUGACUUACUUCCCCUACACCGACUUGGGAACGAGUAUGUUUGACUUUUUCAAGCAAGUUGUGACAUUCCAUCCUAUCAAACACAUCCUAUCUGCUCAGCAGUGGGAUAUCUCCGGGCACGGAUCACAGUUCGGUCUUGCAUUUAUCACAUUUUUGUAUGUUGAUAUUCUGGAUACGACUGGUACCAUGUACUCCAUGGCUCGAUUUGCAGGUGCUAUCGAUGAAAAGACCCAAGAUUUCGAAGGAAGUGCUAUCGCCUAUAUGGUUGACGCAAUCUCCAUCUCAAUCGGAUCUCUCUUCGGCAGUCCCCCCGUGACGGCAUUUGUCGAAUCUGGCGCCGGAAUUUCCGAAGGUGGAAAAACAGGCCUGACAUCCUGCAUGACGGGUAUCGCAUUUUUCAUCUCUGUCUUCUUCGCUCCGAUCUUCGCUUCCAUCCCUGCUUGGGCAACAGGUUGCACGCUCGUGAUUGUCGGUGCACUCAUGGCCAAGUCCGCUGCCGAUAUCAACUGGCGAUACUACGGCGACGCGAUCCCGGCAUUUUUGACCAUCGCCAUCAUGCCUUUCACGUACAGCAUUGCGUACGGUCUGAUUGCGGGUAUCCUCAGCUAUAUUCUUCUUAACUCGAUUGCUUGGAUUCUUGAAAAGGUCAGUGGAGGUCGGAUUGUUCCCCCAAACAAGGAUGAAUCGGAUCCCUGGUCUUGGAAACUUCCUGGAGGUGUCUUACCUCCAUGGGUUAAGCGUGCUGCACGGGGUCAGAAAGACUUUUGGCGGCGGGAUGAAGAGAGUCAGGAGUUGGAAGAAUCUGGAUCUUUUAGUUCGUCACAGCAGGAGCGUGUCGCUAUUGAAAAGGGCCAGAGCUCUGGAGCAAGAACCGAGUAA